GAGGCUGGGGGAGCCCAGUGCCCCUGGUGCGGAGCCACGGUUGACGUGAAUCUGCUAAAGGAGUUUUCAAAGGGGAAGCGGCUCAAUGUCCGGCUACAGACAUCAUUCUGCGAGUCUCACAGGAAGAAAUCAGCAAUGGUGACGUGGGAAUCGAAAUCAUACCCUAAAGUCGACUGGGCGAGCCUAGAAGACCGUUUCAAGAAACAUCACGAGCACCUCGUCGAUAUCAUCAACGGCGAGGAAUCGCACUACCGGACUGCCCUGGCAGAUAAGAUUGAGCAGCACCAAGCCCGAACCAUGGAGAAGGAAGAGAAUCUCAACCCGGGAUACUACGGCCCCCGCGGCUUCAACAUGAUGUGCGACUACCUCGUCAAGGAAUUCAGCGACAUGCUGAAGAAGAAGGCCGUCCACGACAAGGUAAUCGCGAGCAGAGGCUCGGCUGUCUUUAUCCAGUCGGUGCUGGUGGCUGAGCUGGGCGUGCAGCUGAUCGUGGAGGACAUGGAUGUCUCUCCGGAAAAGGCUAGGCAGAUAUUGGAGGAGAGCAAAGCACUAGGGGAGCUUGUGCAUGCAGAG